AAUAGGUAUACUAAAGUUUUUGUCUGUCUCCAAAGACGGUCAUGUGAAACUAGCAAUUCUCCACCUCAGCACACAACUGCACACACACAGAAACACUGUAAAUCUGAUGCCAUCUCCCCCAUCUAACCCCCCUUUUCUCAACAUUUCUGUCCCCGCCUGCCUUAUCCAAAUUUUCCAGCCAACUGCUGGAGCUGACUUCCGCAAUCUUGAUGGAAUAAAUCCAGCACCCCUAAGUCCUCCGCCCACAUUAGACACACUUUCUGACCCGAGGAGCUCAGACAAGAUUCCCAGCAGCAGGAUGUGGGGGCUCAAGGUUCUGCUGCUACCCAUGGUGAGCUUUGCUCUGUACCCUGAAGAAAUACUGGAUACCCAAUGGGAAUUAUGGAAGAAGACCUACAUGAAGCAAUACAAUGGCAAGGAAGAUGAACUCUCUCGGCGUUUAAUUUGGGAAAAGAAUCUGAAGUAUAUUUCCAUCCAUAAUCUUGAGGCCUCUCUUGGUGUCCAUACAUAUGAAUUGGCUAUGAAUCACUUGGGGGACAUGACCAGUGAAGAAGUAGUUCAGAAGAUGACCGGACUCAAAGUACCUGCCUCACGUUCCCAUAGUAAUGACACCCUCUAUAUCCCCGAGUGGGAAGGCAGAACCCCAGAUUCUCUCGACUAUCGAAAGAAGGGAUAUGUUACUCCAGUCAAAAACCAGGGUCAGUGUGGUUCCUGCUGGGCUUUUAGUUCUGUGGGUGCCCUGGAGGGACAGCUCAAGAAGAAAACUGGCAAACUCUUAAAUCUGAGUCCACAGAACCUGGUGGACUGUGUAUCUGAGAAUGAUGGCUGUGGAGGUGGUUAUAUGACCAAUGCCUUCCAAUAUGUGCAGAAUAACCGGGGCAUUGACUCUGAAGAUGCUUAUCCAUAUGUGGGACAGGAUGAAAGUUGUAUGUACAACCCAACAGGCAAAGCAGCUAAAUGUAGAGGAUUCAGAGAGAUUCCCAUAGGGAAUGAGAAAGCCCUAAAGAGAGCAGUGGCUCGAGUGGGACCGGUCUCUAUAGCCAUUGAUGCAAGCUUGACCUCUUUCCAGUUUUACAGCAAAGGUGUAUAUUACGAUGAAAACUGCAAUAGUGAUAAUGUGAAUCAUGCAAUGUUAGCAGUAGGAUAUGGGAUCCAGAAGGGAAACAAGCACUGGAUAAUUAAAAACAGCUGGGGAGAAAACUGGGGAAACAAGGGCUACAUUCUCAUGGCUCGGAAUAAGAACAACGCCUGUGGCAUUGCAAACUUGGCCAGCUUCCCCAAGAUGUGACGGCAUCCAGCCAACCCCAUCCGGCUCUUCAAUUCCUUCUAUGAUGGUGCAAUCUAUAGAUAUACUUUGAAAGGGAAUUGUAUUAUUCUUUAGGUAGAUGUGAUGAUACUGAGAUUGUUUAAUUUCUCUAGUUAUUGGUGCUUCAAGUGACACCGGUACUACCUUCUAUUCUCUCCACUCUUUUUCUUUGUGGCCACAGCAGGAAUUUUCCUAAGUUAUAUCCUUUUAGGCUACUAAGGUAUAUGACCACAGUCUACUUGACUUUGUUGUUCUGAGACUGUUGCUAUGUGGAUAGAUGCUUCACAUCUUCAACUAGGCCAGAUUCUCAUUCACUGGGUUUAUUUAGCUUUAACUAUCCCCAGAAGACUGAAGUGACCUGACUUCUCAACUUCCAAGUCCCCUUCUUCUAGAUCCUCAAGGUAGAUAUUUCGGUGUUUUUUCACUCCAGUUCACAAAUCUAUUCUAAAUUUUUGGUACAAGUUUA